ACUUUUUCCUCUUUCCCCCUUUCUCUGUUCUUUGCACCUCGUCGCCGGCGUUAACUUUUCCUCCACGAUCAUUGCUUUCAGCGUCAUCUCGGUCUUCCCAUUCAUCCGAAUCACAGGAAAGCCCACAACACCGUCAAGAUGUCCGCCGAGUUCACCUACCAGGAUGUUGCCGAGCACAACACCAAGAAGGACCUCUAUGUCGUGAUUCACGACAAGGUGUACGACAUCACCAAGUUCGUCGACGAGCACCCCGGUGGUGAGGAGGUCCUUCUUGACGUCGCUGGCCAGGACUCCACCGAGGCUUUCGAGGAUGUCGGUCACUCUGACGAGGCCCGCGAAGCCCUCGAGCCCCUCCUUGUCGGCACCUUGAAGCGCCAGGCCGGUGACCCCAAGCCCAAGGCUCCCCUUCCCAGUUCUCUUGCUCCCGCUGCUCAGACUGGCACUGCCACCGGUCUCGGCAUUGGCCUCUACGCCGUCCUCGUCCUUGGUGGUCUUGCUGGCUUCGCUGCCUACCAGUACCUCCAGGCCCAGCAGGGCGCCACUGCUCCCAGCGCUUAAACGCAUCCAAUCGCAAAUCUUCCGGUUGCUUACUGACCUAUCGGCUGUCGAACCACGCCGUGGGAGGCACGGAGGGUCCGAAGAGACGAGAUCCUUUUUCCGUUGGAGACUCCGGGGAAAGGAUGAGGAAAUCCUGCCCAAACACACGCGGCCACCAAGAAUCUACGGAAAGCAUUUCAACGACUUUUCAUGAUCAAGAGUCUGCAACAUCUCAACGACGAUCCUUGCGCAACUAUUUUUCUAGGUGAAGCCGAGGUAUCAUCGAGCUCUUUUCUUUACCGGCGGGCUAUCCUUUACCCCAUCUCGACGGACAUGAAACACCAUGAAAUGAAGAUGUGUGUUGAGCGAGCCUGAUUGCUUCUUUCGCUGAGAAGAACAGAUCACUUCACCCUUUAACUAGGUGUUAGGAUAUAUGGGAACAGAGAGGGAUCUUUAUGGAAAUGAACAUACAUUGGUCGUUACUACCCAAUUGUAAUAGAGACGGUACAUGUACAUAGCACCGAAAUACCCUUUGAUGCACCUGCUUUGACAUAACGUU